AUGGAAGAAAAUUGCAAGUUGCGAAACUGGGAUGAGCUUAUCCCUGACGCUCUUGGCUUAAUCUUUAGCCACUUACCUCUUCAAGAGGUGCUAACAGUUGUGCCUAGGGUUUGCAAAGCAUGGAACAGAGCUGUAACUGGAUCUUAUUGCUGGCAAGAGAUAGACAUUGAGCUGUGGUGUAACCGUUGCCACCAGUCCGAUCAUCUCGAUCGAAUGCUUCAGUUGUUGAUCAAUAGAAGCUCUGGCUCUUUGCGGAAACUCUCAGUCACUGGCCUUCAAAAUGACUCUAUCUUCUCCUUCAUUGCACAACAUGCUGGUUCACUUAAAACCUUGAAGGUGCCGAGAAGUUGUCUGAGCAAUUCAGGUGUUGUAAACGUGGCCGAAAAGCUUUCAUCUCUCACUUUCUUGGACUUGAGCUACUGCUGUAAAUUAGGCCCAGAGGCGAUACAAGCCAUGGGCAAACACUGUAAAUCCCUGACAGAGUUCUCCAGAAACAUGCAUCCUUUGGACGUAGCGAGUGUCGUCUCUCACGACGAUGAAGCUUAUGCGAUUGCCAGGACGAUGCCGAAGCUGAAGCGGUUAGAAAUUGCAUACCAUCGAGUCAGCGUAGAAGGAGUACUCAAAAUCUUAUCAUCUUGCAUUUUUCUUCAGUUCUUGGAACUCCGAGGCUGUUGGGACGUGCAACUCGACAACAAGUUCUUCAAAGAGAAGUUUCCAGAUAUGAAAGUGUUGGGUCCACGCGUGAUUGGAUUCUAUGAUAUGAUAAACGACUGGGAGGAUUGCUGUUCGGAUUAUUUCUCAGAUGGAUCUGAUUACUUGGCAUGGGAGUUCCUUGAGGAUGGUGAAAUGGGAGAGUAUGAGUUUGAGCAUGGUUGGGACGAUAACUUUUAUGCGGAUAGAGUGAAUAUCGACAGGGAACCCCAUAUUUGGCCGCCAUCUCCAUGAACCAGGUCUUGUAAUGGUCGUAGCUCUCUACCCCAAAGUUGCUUCUACCAUGGGUUUUAGCCUCAUAUGCGUCUUUGCUCUCUGUAUGUGUUGCUUGAAACUUGUUUGGCUUUUUCGUGUUUCUCUAAUCUUUAACCGGGCUGGUUCUUGGCUUUUGUGUUUCUCUUUAACUUAGUGAUGUUUAGAUUCAUAUUUUAUAUAAUAUAUAGAUAUAUAUAGGAAUGUGUAUAUGUAUAGAAUUGGAGAUGUCAAGUUGAUUCAUUUUUUUUUUUUUGGUCAACUCAAGUUGAUUCAUAAGAAACAAAAGAAGUGAAGAAGUUUUGACCAAAACAAAAAAGAAGUGAAGAAGUUAAAGCACAAACUGUUGAAGAAGAAUUCAAAUGAGAUGGGGUUAUUCACAUUAAAGCUUUUUAGUUACUCACCUCUUCGUUAUAUUGAAAGGAUGGCUCAGUUUACUUUAUAUUGAUUCCGUAUCCUUCAUUCUACAGUUCUACUUAUUUACUUGUAUAAACUUGUAAUCAGUACCAAAGCUCAGAAGUUCAUUGUUCAAUCAGUAAAAAUAGGCCCUAUGGUCCCUACCUACCUUUAACAAGUUUGCUAGGUCUGAGGUAGCCCUAGGUAUUCGGUUCGGUUUCGGUAGGAAUUAUUCGGUUUUCCGGGAUAUAUAAGAUAAAUCAUUCUUAUGCCUAAUAGGUAUUUAUGAGAUUUCGGUUCGGAUUCUUCGGUUCCGGGUCGGUUUCGGGAACCCAUUUAAUAUGUGAAUGAAAUAUAUAAAUACAAAAUAUAUUAGUUAACAUGUUUAUCUAAGUGGUCUAGUAGUUACACAUUUGCAUAUCCGUCAAUUUGUUAUUUAAAAUAGAAAUAUCAUAUAUAUUUAUAAUAUAAGAGUUCAUAAAAAAUAAUGUGGUUUGGUGGUAACAAUAUUCUCACUUUUUGUGUCCAAUCAAGGUUCGAGUGAGGUUGGUGCGUUUUACCUUAUAUCAGAAAAUUAAAACUUGUUUCCUCGGAUAUUCGGAUACUCGUUGGGUUCCGUUUCCGGUUCUGGUUCAGUUAUUUCAGAUAUAAAAAUAUAGAAACCAUUCGGAUAUUUGAAAGUUUUGGUCCGAUUUUGGUUUCAGUAUUCUGGUUCGGGCCUUCGAUUCCGUAUUUCUGCCCAGAACUAGUCGGAGACCUUAUUUUCUAAACUCAAUCUACUUUGCUCGGAUUGAGAAUUCAAGUCACCCAAAUUACUGGCGGUAUACAUUGAUUAUGAAAACACUAUUACACAGAUAUAUUCUCAAAUUAUCUUAUACAGUUGAGGUAAGAACUAUUUUACAUCCUAUAUUGUAUAACAUGUCCAAAUUAAGCCAUCAUGCUAUAUGUUUCCGAAAUUAAAGUUUCAAGCCUAGAUCUACUCAGAAUGGAAGUUCAAAAUCUCCCUACAAUUAUAAUUAGAAACUGCGUAACCCUUAUCCUUUGGUUUAUUGUUUUACCAACCAACUAUUGACCAUCUAAAUAUAAUACUAACUUCGAUUAGACCCAUUAAUAUAACAAAACUCACACAAUCAAAAUUUAUAAGAAAAGCAUAUUUUUUUCGAAGAUCCAGAAUCUCUACUAUAAUCACAAAAACAUGAAAAUGAAAAAGCAGUAAAUAAUAUAAUAUUCCACAUUGACGUUUUAUUGACUGCGACAAAAACGAUUUAAAAAAGUUACACAAAAUAUUGUACAGAGAUUCGUCAUCAAUAAAAAUAGUAGAACGCAGUGAAAAAACGUCCAAGUCUUAAGUUCAGUAGUCUAACCACCUACACCUUAAAUUCUCUAAAGCUAACAUAAAUUCUUAAUAUUUUCAUCUCUGGAUCCCUUACUCGAAUGUCAAAGGUCUAGCUUAGAUACUCUCUCUAGAAUGGUCAUACUUUGAUCCUCUUGAAUAUUCACGUCGAUCUUCUUUACACUUUCUUCUAUGUUUCUCUUUUUUCGCUCUUUCUAUUUAUCAGUUUUCCAUUUAUGUUUAUCGUCUUUCUCGUAAGGCAAACCAUCAUUAAAUUGGGCUUCUUUACAUGUUAGCCAAAAUGAGCCGUUUUGUGUGUUUAGGUCGUUUCAGACAGUUUACGACUUUUCCCAAAGCAAUGGUUGUUUCGCUCUGAACUGCAUCUUUUAUGUCGUUAAUUUAAAAAAACGAUAAAAUUAGUGUUUUACAAAAAAAAUAUUAGGUGUUUAAGUUAACUGUUUUUGACUCAACGUUUAGCUAGAUUUUAAGGGAAUAAAGUAUUUCUCAGAUUUUCCGCAAAAUUUCAGGGACAAUUUCGUUUACAGUGAAACAAAGAACGUUUUAGGCGACAUUUGAACAAGAACACGAUGAAAGGAGAAGUGGCUGACACUGAGAAGUAGAGAGAGACAUGGGCGAUGCUGAAGGAGAGGAGAGAGUUCGGGCGAUGCUCGGAGGGAACAGGCGAUGCUGAGAGGGAACAUGCAAUGCUGACCGGAGAUGUGAUGCUAAAGAAAAGGGUAAUUCUAAGCAAAGAGGAAGAGGAGGAGAUAGAGGGAGAUGAUAUGGAGAGAGGAGAGAGGAGAGAAGAGAGGCUUUUUCCACCUAGAGGCUUUUUCCUCAUUUGACAUUUCCCAUCCCAUUUAACCCAACACACCCAAACAGAUCAUAGUCGCAAAUUCUAAAUGACCGAUGGUCUACAAAUAUCCGGCUGCCUCUAAAACCAGUACGCUCGAAUCGCACAUCGUCAUGUGUGGCACGGGCCCUAAGCUGCAACCCCGUCCCUCCGUGUUUCCAUACUAAUGGGUUGUCAAACAACCAUAACAACACUUUCCACACACCACUCAUAAUUCAUAGUAAUAGUAUUAUCUAAUAUCGAAUAAUAAUAUCCAUGCAUAUAAUAAUCAUUUCACAUACUAAUCAUCUAGACCAACAAGCAAUCAUGCAUAUCCAUCACACCAAUCAAUAAUAUUCAGGACCAUCAUCGUUACUUAUAACUAUCAAUACAACAUCUCAGUAUGGUAGUAUUAUCUAAUUUUAAUUAACAAUGCUACAACAUAUCAUGUUCAUUUACUUAACUAGCCACCUAGUCAUGCUACCAAAAAUAUCUGCAUCAAGCAAGAACAAUCAAUAAACAACAACCAUAACAUAAAUCAACAUCACAAUAUCUCAUACUUGAUUUAAAGUAAAAUAACAAGCACAACCACAACUCACCUUGGCUUUUCAGAAUGAGAUAAAGAUACUUUAUGGGUCAUCGGUUUUCGGGUCUCCUAAACAAAACCUGGGCUCUAGGAUAGACCAACAAUAAUUAGAAAAAAAAAUUCUAACCUCAUAUUUGGAUCCAGGACAGAAAACUAAGCCGGAAAGGAAAGUUAACUCAAAAGAACUUACCCAAACACUUUCCGACCUAAGCUGCUCGGGAAUUCCUCUGUGAGGCUUUCUAUAGCAAGCAUGAGUCUAACUAUUUUCUAUUGGUUUCGUAUUUAAGCAGUUUCCUCCACAUCCAAGAGCAUUUAUUUUGCUUCUCUUCAUGAAUCAGAAGUUUUCGUCCCGAAUCAAAUAAGUAUGUAUUCAUCGGACCCAUAGAGAAGGAACCUGAGAUAAUAUUCUCCAGAUUAGACGGAGACAGCAGACUGCAUUCACUAUUUUAAAAGAUCUGAUACCUAGACCUCCUUCUGUUUUUGGCCUACAAACACUCUCCCAAGAGACCUUUUCUUUCCUCGCAUUAAGUAUUGGGACCAACCACAGGAACGCUGCACUAAUCUGUUCUCUCUCUUUUAUGCAAACAUGUGGAAGCCGAAAAGCAGAUAGCCAAACGUAAGUGGUACUUACAAUGAGAGAUUGUAUCAGCUGUAGUCUUCCACCAUAGACAAGUGUCUCGCUAUCCAAGAACUUAUACGGCUUCUGAUUCGAUCCACACAUGGUUUAUAGUCGGAUUCAGUCAUUCUUUUUGUGAGCAGUGGCUGUCCCAGAAACCUCACCGGGAGCUCGCCUUUUUGUAAAUAGAACUGAUCUUUCAUUUCUUUCUUAGCAUUUCAGAUACUCCACCACAAUAGAUUUUUGACUUCUCCAGACUGAUUUUUAACCACGCUAUCUUAAAAAAAUGGUCGAACACCUCAACGAUACUAUCCAGAGAUCUUGUUUUCCCAACCGUGAAUACCAUAAUAUCGUCCGCAAAGCUUAAAUGGUUGAGACUCAUGUUUUGACAAUUCGGGUGAUAAUCAAAUCGUCUUUCCAUUGCAGGCUUUGUGCAACAACUUUGAUAGUACAUUCAUACUGAUUACAAAAGAAAGUAAAGAGAUAAUUCAAAUCCCUGUCUCAAGCCUCUAUUACUCCUAAAAUAUCCAGCCAACUAUCCUUUAACUUGAGCCAAAAAAGAAGCCGUUGUGACACAAAUAGUUAUCCAAUGAAUGAACUCAGGUGGGAACUGCAUCGCUUUCAAUGUGUUUAUCAAGAAAGGCCACUGCAAUGUAUCAAAAGCGUUUGAUAUGUCAAAUUUAUGGCACAUCUAGCUGAUAUUGAAUCCUUGUGGUAGUCUUUGAAAAGUUAAGUGGCGAGAAGUAGAUUUUCAAUUGGAAGUCUUCCUUUCACAAAGGCUGAUUGAUUCAAGGCAAUGAACUCAAGAAGAGUAGUUUUGAGUCGAUUGGCGAUGAUCUUCGAGAUCACUUUGUAGAGUACAUUACAAGAAGAGAUUGGGUGAUAAUCCUUUAUCUCUUGUUCUUAUAUUUUAUUUAGUAUCAGGGCCAAAAUAGUAGCAUUAAUACCUUUCGGUAAGAAACUUAUAGUAAAGAAAGACUUUACUGCUGUGAUGAAUUCAUGCCCUACAAUCUCCCAAGCGGCCUUAAAAAUUCAACAUUUUAGCCAUCUUGCUCUGGGGACUUAU